AUGAUGACGGCGAUCAAACGAUCCCCGCCUUGGGCAGACCUGCAGCCAGAACUUCUGGGCCUUGUCCUCAGGCGGCUCCCCUCCCUAGCUGACCGUGUCCGACUACGAGCAGUGUGCCGCCCAUGGCGUCGCGGUGCUCGGCUGGAGCCCCUGCCCCCUCCGCAGCCGUGGGUCACUCUCCUCGAUGGGACCUUCCUUAGCAUCCCAGGCGGUGAAAUCCAUCGCAUGCCUGUACCAGAAGACGCUCGUGUCUGCCAUGGAUCCGUGGGUAGCUGGCUCUUCCUCGAGCACGUUGGUGGUGGGUGCUCACUGAUGAAUCCUUUCUCCAAGGAUGUUGUGCAGCUUCCGACGGUAGACACCAUUUGGCAUCAUGACAGGGUGCGUCCAAUCUUCUUCAAGCUGGUGUUGCUCUCGUCCCUGGACCCAUCACCAAAUUCCAUGUUUGCUGUACUGAUCAUGGACACUAGAGAUAGGUGCAUAAUUUCUAUUUGCCGGUCCCCGACUGCCACUGCAUUCAGAGUGCCCGAUCAUGACUACAUCCUUGACCUUGCAUUUUUUGACGGAAAGUUGUAUGCUCUCUCACUCAAGAAUAAGCUAUUUGUCCUCGAGAUUGAUUCGAGCUACGAAGGUAAGCCAAGAAUCCCACCCAUGAAAUGCAUAGGAUAUACAUGUGUAGAGCUGUGUUACCUUGCUGAAUCUAGUGGUAGAUUGUUGUAUGUAAGGCGACAGAUUGGAUUCUUUUUGCACAAUAACAAUAAGACAAACCAUGCCCGUACUCUUUCAUUUGAAGUCUUUGAGGCAGAAUUGACUGCCGAUUCUUGUGGUCAAUGGAGACAGGUCAGUACUUUGGGAGGCCAAGCGCUCUUUAUUGGCAAACACUCCAAGUCUCUCCCUGCUUCUGAAUGUGGUGCUCAGGAGGAUUGCAUCUACUUCAUGCAUGACUACGCUAAGAGAAAUUCUUAUGCAGAUCUUUUCUACGACUGCGGUGUGUUCAAUAUGAGAAAUGGGAUGAUCACGCCUUUGUUGCCAAAGACUGCGGUGGUGCGGCCACAAGGCGACAAAGGGCGUCCGGCAUGGUUUUUUCCUGCUGAAGCUAUGUAAUCCACAUUCCAGCAUAGCAUGCUUUGUUGUUUGAGGACUAGCAGGAGGAGGCACACCAAUGGUAGAGAGGCAGAGUAAAAAUGAUGUGUGUAUUAUGGUGGCGUAGCAUAAGUUGAUUUGAUAACUAAGUAUAACGGAGUGUUAUAUACUUAUACAGAGUAGAAUAGAUAUUGUAGAUAGCAUUAGACAAUAUUAGCAUGUACUGAUGUUAUAUGAAUAUCCUUAUUAGCGCUCCACGAUCUUUAUCCUUGCA